AUGGGGGUAGCGUAUGGAGUGUCAUGCUGUACACGAAGCUUUCUCGUGCUUCUCAACUUGGCUAUGAUGGUGGUCGCCUUGGCUGCUUUAGCUUUAGCUAUUUGGAUUCGAUGUGAUGAUUCAUUUGAGGAAUCAAUUCAAGAUAUGAGAACAUGGAUUACGGUUUCUUUUUGGGUGAUUGUCGGAUUUUGCAUAGCUUGUGCAAUUAUUGGAUUAGCCGGUUUACUUGGAGCUGCUUCUAGAUCCCGUGUCUUGGUUGCUCUUUAUUUUGUGGCGCUGUUGAUCGUGAUUCUCCUUGAAAUAGCUGUCGGAAUUUUUGUACUAGUCGAAAGGCAUAAGGUUGUACGAGAUGCAGUAAAAGAAUACGUGCAAGUCUCCUAUCAAAUGCAGCUUCGUGACGUACAAACACUCGAAUAUCGGUAUGAUUGCUGCGGAGUGGAGAAUUUUGCAAACCCUCAAUGCAAUCCUUUAUUGCCGACCUGUUCAUCAGCUGUAUGGGAUCGUCUUGAUUACACAUUGAUGGUAUUCGGCUGUUCAAUGCUUGCUGUCAUCGUUUGUCAAGUUAUCACCGCUCUUAUCGCUCUCGUUCUCGUCGGAACUCCGUCUCGUUAUGCUGAUGCA